AUGAAUAGACGAACCUCUAAACGGUACCGAAGGAGUAGCUCCUCUUCUCACUCUACAUCCUCUUCUGGUAGCAGCUACACCAGAAGCUCCAAUGAAAUUGGUAACUCACGAGCCUUCAGGAUUCAGCUGGCGCAUAGAGGUCUGACUCUUCGUUCUGUUCCAUUGGACGGUAACUGCUUAUUCUCCGCCUUUGCUGAUCAACUCACUGGCGACAUCCGCGACCACACUCAAUUACGAGAUCGAGCCGUCACCUACCUCCGUACCCAUCGUCAUGAAAUGCGUCCCUUCUGUGGCGACGGAUCAUACAAGCAGAUGGUGCGAAAGCUAGCUGUGCCAGGAACCUAUGGGGAUCAUAUGUCCAUUGUGGCGUUGGCUCGGGUUUAUGGAGUCGAUGUGAUAGUUCAUCGCUUGGGCCAAGCACCUCGUCUUGUGGCUCGCAGUUGCCCGUCUCCUUCAUGUACGCAUCCCCAAAUCCAUCUCGCUUAUAACGAGAGUAUCGAACACUAUUCUAGCGUUCGUUCUCGUAAUGGCUCACCUACUGGUCCGGCCCAUGUGUACAUGGACUUGAGGCGCUUAUCGGCGAUGGGAAAUCAAGUCUAUGGAGUUACUUCCCCUCAGGUUGUUGGAUGCGAAGAGUGUUUGCACGAACUGCAGAACUGGUUCACAUUUGAAGAGGAACUUCGGGGAUCUCGAUUGUUUAAAGUGGCUAAAGUAAGAGACUUCAUCACUGAUAAGUACGUCUUCAUUAUUCGUGAUUUUGUGGAUCAUUCCCUGACUGAGCGACUUUGCACUCGCCCCUUCCUUACUGUGGACGAAAAACGGUGGAUUACCUUCCAACUGCUUUCUGCUAUCAAUCAACUACAUUCCUCUACAAAUGCUGACUCUACUCCACGUUGCCAUGGGGACAUCAAGUCGCAGAAUGUACUCCUCACGGCCUGGGGUUGGUUACUCCUGGCCGAUCCGGCGCCCUUCAAGUCUACCCUGCUGCCAGCGGACAACCCAAGCGAGUUUACCUAUUUUUUUGAUAGCUCCCGACGUCGGGUCUGCUAUCUAGCUCCUGAACGCUUCAUAGACCCGCUCCUCUCCAGUGUUGCUGGUGGUGGUGAGGCUUUCGCCUCUGCUCCCGAGUCGCUCGACCUCAAAGGUGGUAUUGAAUCUACCUUGGGGGAGGAGGAGGAGGUGACAGUCGGUGAGGUGGCUGAUGAAUAUCUGCAAGCGUACGACGAAGACGCUUUGUCGCCGCAGUCCCUGGCAGAGAUGGGCACUCAAGCUAUUCCACUAAAUGACACCAUCACUCAAUUUAAAGAGAGCUAUUUGAGCGAGAUCGACAAAGCAACAAAUAUGAUUGGUCGCCUCCGAUUGGUACCGGAGUUGUACCCGCACUCGGCAUCCUCGACGCCACCAAACGUGGAUGCGACGGAGAAACCUUUGACGGAGAAUUUCAUAGGCUGUCUUAAGAAACCACAUCUGCGGCCCUCCAUGGACCUCUUUUCUGUUGGGUGUGUUCUGUUGGAAAUGUUCACGGAUGGAUCGGUGGCCUUCACGCUGUCAGACCUACUUGCCUACCGUCGCCAUCAAAACACGAGGAUUAUGAAACUACUCGCCUCCGUUGCGGAUCCUGCUGCUCGUUCACUGAUAACGGAGCUACUUUCGCUGCAUCCGGAGGCUCGUGGCAGCGCCGCACACCAUCUCUCCACCCAUCGGGGGGGCCUCUUUCCCGAGUUCUUCUUUUCCCACCUCCAUCCAUUCAUGCAGUCGUUCCUCGAUCCCUCUAUGGCCAGUCCAGACGCUAGGCUUCGUUUUAUUCGAUCAAAUUUACCUAAUCUAAUUUCGAACCUCCUCAAUGAACCUGCCUCCGCCCGAUCUGCCGGCUCGGUUAUACUCUGCAAUCUCAUCACUGCCACCUUGCAUCUGCAAUACUUCAACCGAGCUAAUCCAGUCACUUCUGCCCAUAUCAAUGAAGUAUCCUCCAUCAAUGAGGUCUCUGGAAUUCCUUCUGAGGACGGCAAAAUGGAUGCACUUUUAUGUCUUUCCCUUCUCAUCAAACGUAUACCCUCGCUUCGCCUCUUCAAUCGUCUCUGGCCACACUUUGUUGAACUCCUCUCUGACUCACGACUCCACGGUUCAGGAGUUCGAUGUUUGGCAUUGGAGGGCUUGAUAGAAAGCCUGGAGUGUGCGACAACCAUAGCGAUCCAUGGGAAGGGGGAGAGAAGGCGAGAUUCGGAGGAAGAGGAAUGCGUGGCAGUCCUCAGUGACACACGUUUCCUGAAUGAAUUCCUCCUGCCCUAUCUCUCACUGUUGGACCUUGCUAGGCUACGUGUCGUGAACGAGAGGGAGGAGGAGGGAGGCUUGGACGAAAAUCUGCUGGGGCAGACUGCACUAUCGGAUGUGGGGACAGCACUGCGCUUGAUAGGCACUGCCUUGCCGACUCGCAGCGUGAACAAAGGGAAAGAGAGAGUCCAAGCCUUUUUACGCGAGCGCUUGGUAUCCCUUUUCUCAGACGACUCAGCGGCCAACUUUGUGCGCCGCUCUCUCAUCCAAAGUGUCACUGGACUCGCCGCACUAGCCACCUUCCUCGGUCACACCACGUCCAGCGACGCCAUCUUGUCUCAUAUGGUUACCCUCCUCAAUGACAAGAAAGACGCAAAUCUGCGCGCAGCCUUCUUCAAUCAAGUGGCGUCAUUGGUCAGUUGCUUUGGUCCGCAGUCAGUGACAGUUUUGCGUCCACUGCUGGAACAGGGCCUCGCGGAUCCCCAUGAGACUGCUCUCGUUGCCUGUCUGCGAGCCCUUGGCUACCUCGAACGUCGCCGUGUCCUCAGUGCACCCAUCACUAUCGUCUUCCUCCAUCGUGUCCUCGCUCUCACCCCUUAUCCCGCUGCGCAUAUUCGACAGGCCUGUAUCGCCUACGUCACAGCAUUUGCACGCAACGGUUUGAAGGCGCUCACCGUUGCGCCCAAUGAACCUCUGGACGAUCACACAAUCGAGACAACGGCAAUUGAAGGCAAAAAUGAUAUCCACGUUUACCGUUCCCAUAAUUGCUCCAUUGAUCUGGAACGCUUCGCUGGAGGCAAGUAUGGAAUUGCAACUGUCUACGCUCAUCUGUUCACUCGAGAGGUCGCUGAGGGUAUCUUUGCCCGUCCAAUUGGUUCAAAUUUUACCAAUGACUCAGUGCUUCUGUCUGCUCUGCACUCCGGUCUGAGCCAUGCCUUCAUUGAGACUGUCGUUACAACUCUAUUUGAUGUUGCAGCAGAAUUCUGCUGUGACGAUCCCUCUCUGACGCCUAUUUCGCCGCGUCAGCUUUUCAUAGAUCUGAAGGAGCACUUGCUGGACCGACAGGCUGCAAGGAAGACAGCGAAAAAUUGCGAGACACCUUGGUACCCUGUUCCCUCGCUUUCAUUAACAGCAUUCUACUCCUCCUCUGUACAGAGUGACAUCGUGGCCGAAGUUCUAAAACGUCUCCGACAGCACGAGAUGACCGACCAGGCGGAAAAUCAAGUGCUGCUCUUGGCGCCCCUACUGACGGGCCUAUGCCAAAGUGCAGCAGACGCUGCGGAGUCAGUCUCUCGGGGCUCCUCCGUAUCAGCUGCUCUGAGGGCGCCAAAUCAGUUGGUCCAUGUUGUCCCUUCGCUUAAUGGAGACCUUCCGAAGGCGAGACUAUACCCCCUACCUGCUGUUCCCUCUGGUGUGGUGUGUAUGCGUGGGCCGCAGAAGAUCAGUUCAUCCUGUAUAACCUCCAUCAUACCUAAGCCCUCGUUCGUCGAUAUAAUUUCGUCACGCAUUCGCAAAGGCCGUAUUCCCCUGCCCUUCAAUCCUCCUCCCAAUGUCGUCUUCGCUCGUGGCCUGACCGUUGCUGGAUCGUCGACACCGAAACUGAUUGCUGAGGAUUCGCAGGACUCUUUCGUCUCUCUCCGCAUUUCUAAUGGCAGCCUUAGCGGUGGUGGUCGUUCUUUGCACGCAGCCUCACAAGUUGCUCUCAUUCCACCUCAGCUGCGAUGUGGCGUUGCCGAGUGUCCAACGUGGACACUAGGGAGUGGACACACUUGGCCCUGUCUACGACUCCUUGUGCAUGUACAUGAGCAUAUGCCAGGUCACUUGAGUCUAGCCUUACAUCCAUCCGGUCGUCUGCUCGCCUCAUGCAGCAGUGGCGACGGUCUAGUUAAGUUUUGGGACUGUGGACGCACUGUACAUGCCAGUUCUAGCCAGUUGAUGACUUCCACCGAUGAAUUUGUUGAGCGAGUUGCGAGCGAGGACGACGAGACCGCCCCGGAAAACUCUGAUGAUAGUAUGGCGACCGUGGGGAUGGAGAGGAAUGAUGAAAGUGAUGUCGUGGAUGUCGACACCUUCGCUGGACGCUCCUUUCCCUCUAGAUCUCUCUCCAGCUACUCAGUUCGUCAGCCUCAGGAGUCUCUUGAUACCAAGCAGAGCUGUCGGUAUCUUGUAUGGACAGAAGGCGGGAGCAGUGUGGCCACACUAGUCAAUAGCUCAGCCAUUCACCUGGUGGACGACUCGGUUAGUUGUCUGCGCUCUCUCUAUCCUCUGCAAACGGCACAUCAUGGGAGAGCCACAUACCUAACUGCUCCGGCAAUCGCUUUUUGUGGCGAUGCCGAAGGUCCUCUUCGCUCCUAUAUGUCCAGCGGAACUGAUCAAAAUCUUUUGGUCUACUCCACGACUAGCGGAAAUAUUGUGGGACAAGAUGUGCGGGUGAAGGAACCAGUAUGGUGGCUGAAACAGGAUCGCAUGCAUGGGCUUAUAACCUGUCUCGCCGUUCACAGCGGUCAUACGUGGCUGGCUGCAGGGACACUCCACAGCCACGUGGUCGUUUGGGAUCUACGCUACCGGCGUGCCAUUUCAUACUUCAUUUUGCCCCAUAAUACUAAGACGUCCAUGGGAUUCACUAGGCUUCAACUCUAUGACUGGAAUCGGCAAACUGCACACUCCACACUGAUUUGUGCUGCGACGGGCCACCAUAAUGAGGUAGUGCUUUUCGAUCUGGACGACUCUAAUCCACGCCAGGCAUCAACAGCCUGCGUAGCAGCCACGUGGACGCAAGCAAACGAAGAAUCGAAGCCUUUGACUGAGAACACCGUCUGCCAACUGCCUAGACGUGGUGUUCUCAGCCUUCUUCUUCUUCCAUCACAAUCUACAUCCUCAUCAUCGCCCUCGACGGCAAUAUCGGGCACAGUCAAUAUUGCUGCUGCAUUGCCAACACUGGUGACGGGCGGCCAUGACGCUCGGCUCCGAUGCUGGAGCUUUGCUCAACCUGAUACCUCUUCGGUUCUGGCUUGGGCGGGGAGUGAGGAGAUCUAUCGUCCACAUGUCUCCUUUAGUGAAAAGUUGGUCGACGGUGUGCGAGUAGUGACAGAAGUGGAGUCCAUGGAAGACUGCCUUCAGCAGCAACAGCAGCGGGGGCGUCAGUCAUCUGCCUUCACAACUCCAAAGAGUGGGCGCAGUGAAACCUACUUCAGCCCUUUAGAUGUAGGCGACGUCACAGUAGGUCACACCAAUGGUAUCAGUGACUUAACCCUCAUUAGUCCCACCCCUGGACGCGUCUUUCUGGUCUCUGCGGGCAUGAACGGUGUCAUCAAAUUUUGGAGGUGA